CAGGGCCAGGAAUGUAUUUUGGGUGUCCUCGUUCUUUUUCCGCUAGACUCUGAUUUGUUUUGUCACAUCAUAGCUGAACCCAUUUUGCGUCCAACCCUGUCUUUGUUCCCAUCACUUAUAACUCGAUGCCAUCUUCAGCUCUGUGUAUCCCUGCCCGUCAGAGUGCAGGGAUGGGUGGGAGAGGUAUGUCAACCUCACCAGCAUCCCCGCCACACUUUCCCAGUUUGGUAGUCCCGAUAUCCCACCCGUUGGCAGAUCAUCAUUGAUAUCACGACACACACGCGCAACCCUUGUGGAUUGGCAAACCAUUUAACAUUCCUAAAUCGGAUCUCACGCAAGAAUCGGCCCAUCCGACCCCCCGUUGGCAGACUUCAGUGCACAGGGCUCGGUCGGGCGUUGGCCGUUGGUCUCUAGCACACAGUUGACUUGGCAUUUGCGUCUUCUGCAACAAGCAAUCUGCCUUUCGCAUUGCCUUCGAAUUCGGUUACUCGAGAUGAAACGGGGAUUAUUCAACGUGGCUUCGCUAGACAUGGUGAAUUUACCACCGACGGUUCUUGGCUGGCAAUUGAGCAUCGGAGCUGAGGCGGGGCCGCCUCAACUUGGGGAGCUGAGGCAAGGAUGUGCUGUACCCCGCCACGCCAGCUGGACCCGAUUCCCCAAUCCCCAAUGCACGUCACUUCAGACUUCAGCGAGACGCGUUGGAGAGCAUCAGACGCGCCAUACUGGCUUUCUCCAACGACAAUCUCGACCACGUAGGAGCCUCCCAAGCCUCCGGACCCCCAAGAGGUGCCUCUCCAUGACAUCAAACCACAUCCGACCGACCCCGGGCCCAGCGCCGCUCGCAAGAUGCGCUUUAAGACGGAGCUGAAGAACAUCCGCACCUUUUCUAAGCUGACUGCGGCGCUCAACUCGCUCGAAAAGAUCGCCUGGGUACGCCUCGACGAUGACACAGCCCGCUUCACCGUCAUUCCGGCCCAGGGGUCGCAAGUGUGGGCUACCAUCUCUAUGGACCUCAUCUUCGACAACUACAACAUCCAGUCGGCCGAUGCCAACAACACCAUCAACCUCGAGCUGCCCCUCGGCCCCCUGCAGCGCGCGCUCAAGUCCGCCAUAAACAGCACCGAUGCCGACCUGCGCCUGACCAAGAAGAACGGCAUCCCGCUCCUCUCCAUGACGAUCCGGACCACCACAAAUGUGGCGAACCAGGGAGGAGGCGGCGGCUUUGGAGGGGGAGGCUUCGGACGCGGCGGCGGCGGCGGGGGUGCAAGCGACGACCCGUUCGCCGCCGACGACGCCUCAUUCAUGCAGGAGUCGCUUGAGCUGACCAUGAAGCGCGAGCGCGAAAAGGUCAUCACCCACGACAUACCAGUCCGCGUUCUGCACCCGGACACGGUCGAGACCAUCAUGCAGCCCAAGGUGCGUGAGCCCGACGUGCACAUCCAGCUGCCGCCCCUGAUGCAGCUCAAGGCCAUCAGCGACCGCUUCACCCGCCUGGCCAUGACGGCCUCGGCGUCGUCGUCCGCGGCAGCCCCCCUGGUGGCCGUCGGCGGCGGUGGUAGCAUCAACGGCGCCGCCGCGGGCUCGUCCUCGGGCGCGGCGGCCUCGGGCGGCAGCCCCAAGCUCGAGCUGAGCGCAAACAUGCACGGCUCGCUGCGCCUGCGCGUUGCCACCGACUCGCUCGACGUCGAGUCGGUCUGGCGCGGGCUCGAGAACCCGGAGCUGGACCCGGCCCAGCUGUCGGUGCCCAUCGAGGACCACCCCAGCACCCGCUUUAAGCAGGCCGGGCCCGACCGGUGGGCCUCGGUGCGCGUCGACGGCAAGGACCUCAGCCGCGUCCUCAGCGUCGGUCGCCUCGACGGCAGCCGCGUCAUCGCCUGCUUCGCCGACGACCACGCCCUCAUCCUCUACGUUUACGUCUCCCAGACCGACGACAUGGGCGCCGAGGAUUCGGUCUUGACUUAUUACGUUUCGAGCUACAGUUCAUGAAGGAUUUGUCCUUUGCGCACAGGAAAUACGAUUUGGGGUUACUAGAAAUCAUGUGUGUAAAGUUGCUGAGCUUGGCGGCAUCAAAGGAAUGUCUAGAGGAAUAAUCUCCCUACUAAUUAACGAUUGCUGGUGUACUCUGUGCUCCAUCCCCGUCAAAACGGCGCAGAGAUCAAUGAUACCAACCUAUAUAGUCAUCCCCGAAAAAAAAUUGCCCCCCAGUCUGGAUUUAGCGCCAUACCUGAGCUGCCGCCGCUUCA